AUGUGUGAGUUGGAGAAGAUCUUUGCUGUUCUGGGAUGUUCUCCAGAGAAGCGACUGACAUAUGCUGUAUAUAUGCUUGUGGGAGAGGCUAAACAUUGGUGGAGAGACACCUAUCAGAUGCUUGCUGCUAGAGGAGUCACAGUUGAUUGGGAGUGUUUUAGGACAGUGUUCAUGGAGAAGUACUUCCCUGAGAGCGUGAGGCACGCUAAGGAGGCCGAGUUUAUGAGAUUACACCAGGGAGGGAUGAUAGUUUCCGAGUAUGCGAUAAAAUUCGAGCACUUGGCUCGUUUUUAUUCGCAGGGUAUAGCUGAGGCCUGGAAGUGCAGAAAUUUUGCUGAUGGGUUGAGAUAUGAGCUGAAGAGGGUGGUGGUGCCUAUGGCCAUCACUGAGUUCCCGGCCUUAGUAGAGAAGGCAAAAGUUGUAGAACAGUUGGAGAGUGGUAACCGUGUCGCGAGGAUUGCUGGGGGACCAUCUAGGUCCAAGAGGGGCGAGAGUCAGAGGAAGUCGUAUGAUAGGCCCCAAUCACAGCAAGGGGGUCCUGUCAGUAGGCAAUCUUCCAGUAUUGCUAGUGGAGGUAGACAGAGUGGAGGUGCCACUCUUAGAUAUUUCAGGUAUGCUGGGCCUCACUUUGUCAGGGACUGUCCGUACACGGAAAGUCGUUGCUUCAGAUGUCAUCAGAUGGGCCAUGAGUCAGCCAACUGCCCUGCUAGAAGCAUACCAGAUAGGAGUACUCAGAGGAGUGAUGUGCAGAGGGUUGAUACUCAGAGGAGUAGCGCGCAGAGAGCUGAUACUCAGAGGGGUGACAGACCCAUUACUGCUGGUAGGGUAUUUGCCUUGACAGCUUCUGCUUCUGUGAUUGCUUCUGAAUUGUGUGUUGGUUUCCCGGUUGUGGUGAAUGAGAAGAAGUACAAGAAUCAAAAGAAGGCUUUGCUGAAUACUGAUGUGAACAGAAACUCAGAAAAUGAUGCGAGUGGAUUUUUACCUGAGCAGGGUAUUGCUUCCCCACUGCUGCAAAGGCAUUAG